AUGCGUGCCUGUACAACUGUGAAACAAUGGAGGAGAUGGAUGACUCUUGAUCUCUUUCACCACCUGGAUAACACCUCACAGUUCGAACUGGAUUUGAACAUGGAAAUCGGCCUGCCCUACUCUCCCUGGAACCCGAUGAAUUGUGAUAGUUGCUCAGAUCUGCAAGUGAAAUUGGAACCACUGUCGCCUGCAUCUUCCCGCUGUUCCGAUUCCUCUCUCUCGUCCUCGUGUGACAUUCCCCUGAUACCGCAGGUUCACGAGACCCUACACACAGAGACAACGUGGCCUGUGGUGAAAACAGAGGACCCUCCCACGCCUCCGUGUACCUUUGGUGAUGUCCUGAACCCACCACUGAAUAUCAUUCAGAUCAAUGUGGUAAAGACAGAGCUCGGGACCUCAAUGCUCAAGCAAGAGCCAGCAAUACAAGCUGCCACCAGCGUCAAGGCCAGCAGCAUUGUGUGCAGCAGACCCACCCUCCAGCCCAAGCCAGAGGUGGUGACCAUCCUGCCCGCCCCUCCCGGCAGCAGCCCUGCAAAGACCAUCAUCCUGCAGUCUGUGCAGACCAGUCUCCCUGUGUCCCAGCCACAGGCUCUGCCUCUCAAGCAAACCAUUCCAGUGUGCAGGCAGUCAGUGGUGUCGCAGUCGGACCUGGUGAGGAUCCCCGUGGAGGGACUGAUGAAGGUGUCGGCAGUGAACGGGGCGGUCAACGGCAAGCGGCCGCUCGUCAACGGCAACGGGCUGACCAUCACCAAACUUCCCGCCAAAGCCAUCGUACCGGCGCCCGCACGCACGGGGCACGGCUCGUCCGAGAUCGACAUCAAGCUGCUGAAGCGGCAGCAGCGGAUGAUCAAGAACCGGGAGUCGGCCUGCCAGAGCCGCAAGAAGAAGAAGGAAUACCUGCAGGGGCUGGAGGGCAAACUGCGGGAGGCCCUCAACGAGAACGAGAAGCUGAAACGGGAGAACACGCUGCUGAAGAAGAGGCUGGACAGCAUUGUGACUGAGAACACCGGGCUGAAGCUGGGCUCAGGAAACCGCAAAGCAGCCUGCGUGAUGGGCUUCCUGCUCUUCGUCGCCUUCACCUUCGGACCAGCCAGUAUCAUAGAGAAGAAGACGGACAUCUUCGAGACCCAGGCGGAUGAUACCUACCUGCGGCGGCAUCUUCUGACUUUCAAAGAGGAGCGGGCCACGGAGAGCACAACACAGCAGGCGGCAACAGAUUACAAGCUGCAGGAGAAAUUCAGCAACAUUACGAUGGCCUACACCGAAGUGAACGAACUGGUACUUCGUGACAUUGACCGCAUCCUCUUCCCCUCUUCAGAUUGCCGUCAGUUCAAUAAGACAGAGUCGCUGAGGUUGGCUGAUGAACUGCGGGGCUGGGUACACCGGCACCAAAUCGGCAGGACCAAGUCUAACGAGAAACCAAAGCGGCAGAAGAAAUUUAAGCAGGGUGCGCGGACACAACAGAGGAAAAUCAACCUGUCACGCUUUCUCCCGGUCCAGUCUUCAGACAGCUACGCAAGGUUAAUCUCCAGCCAGCUACAGGUGUACCAGAGCCCUGAGCAGAGCUACACUGACUUCAUGGAUGCCUUCGACAGGAGGGAGGACACCUUUUAUGUUGUUUCAUUCCGAAGGGACCAUCUACUGUUACCAGCCAUAAGUCACAACAAGACCAACAGGCCAAAGAUGUCCCUGGUAAUGCCAGCCAUGCCCGUCAAUGAGAGCCUGUACAACAGCACGCGGGGUUACGAGGUGAUGAUGCAGAUUGACUGCGAGGUGAUGGACACCAGGAUCAUCCAGAUCAAGAGCUCCUCAGUGCCCCCCUCGCUGCGGCACCCCCAGGACAACCGGACCAGUCCCUUCCACCCCCACGCUGGGGGUGCCAGCAGACCCCCCACCCCCGGGGGUCUACAGCCUCACACUGUCACUGCACCCUCCUCCAAAGACCCCCUCUAUCUCUCGGCAGAAGGUGGGGUGUAGCAUCAGGUGGGGGGGGGAGGGGGGUCCCCCACUCUCCCCCUCCCCCCUCCCCAAGCAAGUACACACACGGGGGGGGUGGGGCUCGAUACACUGUGGUCCAUCCUUCCCUCUGCUCCUCCCUCCCUACCCCCUCAGCUCCCUCCCCCCUCCCCCCUCCCCCUCCCCCUCCCGAAAAGUGUAUAAAUUACUACUGACUUUCGCACUGUGUGCGGGGAGGGGGUCUUGUGUCGGAAGGGUAAAGACCGCCUGGUUUCCAGAAGACCCCGCCAUGGGGAAAUCCAAAUGCAGUCCAGCCGUCUAGACACCACCGCCAGCCCGUCGUCUGGACUCUGGAUAUUGGGGGGGGAGGGGCAGUGAGACACACAUUCCAAGAGGCUGGGCUGAUUCCAGGCAAUUCUCUCACUGUUGACUUUAUGUUCUGAGCAGCCCUGAGUGUGAUGGAGGGGGGUGAGAAAUAUUCCCUGGGACAAGGAGCCAACACUGUUUACUGGGAACAUGAGGGAAGAAGGGCUUGUACAUUUAAUCGUUCUGCCCCUUCGCACGCUCCCUGUGUUUAUCUUCACCCUGCGCUCACUACUCUGGCCCCCUUUAGCCUGGUUUGGACACGCUGUGUUGGCUUCAUGAUGGCCGGGGCUCCUGUUCCCAGGUGGGUUGUUGAGAGGGGGCCAGUCUCGACGCCACUGUCGGAUGGGCCGAGUGAACAUCUAAGAGUACAGCACUAGACCAGGCCCUUCGGUCCCACGAUGUCUGUGCCGAACAUGAAGCCUAGGCCAUCUCGUAUCCUCCUGCAUUAAUCCACAUCCCUCUGUUCCCUACAUGGCCUUGUUUGUGUCCAUUCAAUAGUCUCAUAAAUGCCACUAUUGUAUCUGCCUGCACCACCACCUAUCCAUGUUCCCCACUGACCCGCUGAGUUACUCCAGCACUCUGUGAAACGUCACCUAUCCAUGUUCUCCACAGAUGCUGCCUGACCCGCUGAGUUACCCCAGCACUCUGUGAAACGUCACCUAUCCAUGUUCUCCACAGAUGCUGCCUGACCCGCUGAGUUACUCCAGCACUCUGUGAAACGUCACCCAUCCAUGUUCUCCACAGAUGCUGCCUGACCCACUGAGUUACUCCAGCACUCUGUGUGAAACGUCACCCAUUCCUUUCUCCACAGGUGCUGCCUGACCCGCUGAGUUACUCCAGCACUCUGUGUCCAUCUGUGAGUUUUGGUUUCUCUGCGGUUCAUCGGCCGUUUCGUGUGGGCUUGGAGGGUGCGUUUUGCUCGCUGUUUUUGUCACGUUCCGUUUGGUCUUUGAUGUUGAGACGAGGGGGACCUUGCUGCACCCCUCAGCGCUGGGCAGUGGGGUGCAAGGAAGCGCCCUUCCCUGACGGCCAGUGGGCUGAGCAUCGGACCCGCUGCAUCCUGAAGCAUUUGCUGUGAGCAUCAGGGGAAGGGCUGGAUCGGCCGAUUUCAACUGAGCGACGGUGGGCAGACAAGGGAGCUUGAUGAGCUCACUUUAUGCACCAGUGUUUAUAAAGUCGGCGCCAAGUCAAGUUUACUACCUAAGUCACCGUAAUAGGAUUAUCAAAGAGCAAGGUGCAAGUGUGAUAAUAUAGCUCACUGGCCUGUGUGUGUGUGUGUGUGCGUGCGUGUAUAUAAGCUUAAAGUUGUUUUUUUCUCUUUUUUAAAAUAUGUAAUUUAUUAUCUACCAUGUUGGUUUGUGCAGAAUGUUAUGGUAUGAUCUGACGAAGGGUCUCAACCAGAAACGUCACAUGUUUCCCUCUUCUCCAGAGAUGCUGCCUGGCCUGCUGAGUUUCUCCAGCGUUUAGUGUUAUAGAGUCAUAGAGUGAAUACAGCAUCGAAAACAGGCCCAACUUGCCCACACCGGCCAACAAUGUCCCAGCUACACUAGUCCCACUUACCUGCAUUUGGCCCAUAACCCUCCAAACCUGUCCUAUCUAUGUACCUGUCCAACUGUUUCUUAAACUAUGGGAUAGUCCCAGCCUCAACUACCUCCUCCGGCAGCUUGUUCCAUACACCCACCACCCUCUGUGUGGAGAAAUGACCUCUCGGCUUCCUAUUCAAUCUUUUCCCCUUCACCUUGAACCGAUGUCCUCUGGUCCUCGAUUCCCCUACUCUGGGUAAAAGACUCUGUAACCAGAGGCCUAGACCACACAUCGAGUCUACUCCGCCAUUCAAUCAUGGCUGAUCUCUGUCUCCUAACCCCAUUCUCCUGCCUUCUCCCCAUAACCCUUGACACCCACUCUAAUCAAGAAUUUAUCUAUCUCUGCCUUAAAAAUAUCCACUGAUUUGGCCUCCACAGCCCUCUGUGGCAAUGAGCUCCACAGAUUCACCACCCUCUGAUUAAAGAAGUUCCUCCUCACCUCCUUUCUAAAAGAGCGCUUUUUAAUUCUGAGGCUGUGACCUCUGGUCCUAGACUCUCCCACCAGUGGAAACAUCCUCUCCACAUCCACUCUAUCCAGGCUUUUCACUAUUCUGUACAUUUCAAUGAAGUCCGCCCUCAUUCUUCUAAACUCCAGCGAGUACAGGCCCAGUGCUGACAAACGCUCAUCAUAGGUUAACCCACUCAUUCCUGGGAUCAUUCUCGUAAACCUCCUCUGCACCCUCUCCAGAUCCAGCAUCCAAAAUUGCUCACAAUUCUGAAGCCUGACUUGGGAUCAAUCCAAUGAGUUUUCUUUCUUAAGAUGUGCGUGAAGUGUGGAAUGACAGUGCAGGGUGCACCUCAGGUCCACUUGACCAUGGAGGUAAUAUUGAAGAUGUUGUAUUCAUGCACUUAAACCAAACUUGCCCUUCCUAUACAAGGCCCUUAUUUGUACGGUCUUAUUUAUGAGGGUGUGACAAUAGACAAUAGACAAUAGGUGCAGGAGGAGGCCAUUCAGCCCUACGAGCCAGCACCGCCAUUCAAUGUGAUUAUGGCUGAUCAUCCACAAUCAGUACCCCGUUCCUGCCUUCUCCCCAUAUCCCCUGACUCUGCUAUUUUUAAAAGCCCUAUCGAGCUCUCUCUUGAAAGUAUCCAGAGAACCGGCCUCCACCGCCCUCUGAGGCAGAGAAUUCCACAGACUCGCAUCUCUCUGGGUGAAAAAGUGUUUCCUCAUCUCCGUUCUAAAUGGCUUACCCCUUAUUCUUAAACUGUGGCCCUUGGUUCUGGAUUUCCCCAACAUCGGGAACAUGUUUUCUGCCUCUUAAGUGUCCAAACCCUUAAUAAUCUUAUAUGUUUCAAUAAGAUGCCCUCGCAUACUUCUAAACUCCAAAGUUGAGAUUCAAUAUUGGGUUUGGAGUUGUAAUCUUGUUGAAGUGUUUCACGUCGCUAAUUGGGUCACUUUGGUUGCCAUUCCAAAUUCCUCAACAACUUGUAGACCUCUGGAUGGUGAGGAGUUUACAAACCAGGGCUGUUGUUGCUUUUGAGAUGUGCAGGAAGGAACUGCAGAUGCUGGUUUACACCGAAGAUAGACACAAAGAGCUGGAGUAACUUGGCGAGAUGGGCAGCAUGUCUGGAGAGAAGGAACAGGUGGGACCGGCUCCGAAAAUGUCACCCAUUCUUAUUUUCCAUCGAUACUGCCUCACCCGCUGAGUUUCUCCAGCACUUUGAGUUUAGUUCGUUGUCACACGUACCGAGGUACAGUGAAUCGCUUUUGUUGCGUGCUAACCAGCCCACAGUGUACAGAUACAUGAUAAAGGGGGAAAAGUGAAUAACAUUUACUGCUGGAUAAAGUCCCUUUGUGUCUGUCUUUGAUUAUAAAACAGCAUCUGCAGUUUCUUCCUACACUGUAGUGGACAAUGGGUGCAGGAGGAGGCCAUUCUGCCCUUCGAUCCAGCACCGCCAUUCAUUGUGAUCAUGGCUGAUCAUCCACAAUCUGUACCCCGUUCCUGCCUUCUCCCCAUAUCCCCUGACUCCGCUAUCUUUAAGAGCUCCAUCUAGCUCUCUCUUGAAAGCAUACAGGAACCGGCCUCCACCGCCCUCUGAGGCAGAGAAUUCCACAGACUCACAACUCUCUGUGUGAAAAAGUUUUUCCUCAUAUCCGUUCUAAAUGGCUUACCCCUUAUUCUUGAACUGGGUCCCCUGGUUCUGGACUCCCCCAACAUCGGGAACAUUUUUCCUGCCUCUAGUGUGUCCAAACCCUUAAUAAUCUUAUUAAUAAUCUUAACCCUUAUGUUUCAAUAAGAUACCCUCUCAUCCUAAAUUCCAGAGUGUACAAGCCCAGUUGCUCCAUUCUAUCAACGUGAUCACAUUGAAUAACUGUGCUGGCUCGAAGGGCCGAAUGACCUAAUCCUGCACCUAUUGUAUAAAAAAAAAAAUGACAAUCCCGCCAACCCUGGAAUUAACCUGGUGAACCUACGCUGUACUCACUCAAUAGCAAGAAUGUCCUUCCUCAAAUUUGGAGACCAAACCUGCAAUACUCCAGGUGUGGUCUCACCAGGGCCCUGUACAACUGCAGAAGGACCUCUGCUCCGAUAUGCAACUCCUCUUGUUAUGAAGGCCAACAUGCCAUUUGCUUUCUUCACUCGACCCGAGACGUCACCUAUUCCUUCUCUCCAGAGAUGCUGUUUGACCUGCUAAGUUACUCCAGCUCUCUGUGUCUAACUAGAUAUUGGGAAGGGUGGUGGGUUUGGGUUAGGUGCGUGAGUGUAUGUGUGUGCGUGUGAGAGAGUUGCCAAGACCACCACAGUUUCUUUCUGAUCCAACAUCCAUAUGUUCUGUUGGGGGUUAUUUUUAUCCAUAGUAAUUAUGUUUUCAUUGCCAUGGAUUGCAUUGCUGUUUGUAAUAAAAGUAUGGGAGAGA